ACAAGCCAGCGUGGGUUGGGAUCACCCAGUUUCAAUGACUGUCCAGCGCAACACUAAAAACGCUGGCUUCGGGAUAUCAAUAUAAACCUGCUACCAGCAUGGAAUUACACGAAAUCAGAGGUAUUGCACGGAGAUGGUGUUUAGCGUGAAAGCAUAAUCUUAUUGCGAUCGAUGUGUCACGGUUUCAUAAAAAGGAUUGUUUUAAAGGGGAGGGGGAUAUUGCAAGGGGGUAUCAAAGAAGCAGAAAACAAAACUGAAGAAGCGCAAUGAAGUGAAGUGGAGGUCUGGUUAAUCAAGGAGAGUCAGUACUGCUUCGCGGCGAUGUCUUGGGCAAAAUGCAUCAUCUUUUCCGAGAGCUCUUUUUAAUUACAUCUCUCACGCAAAAGGAGGGGUGUUGGACACAUCAGAUUGAGCCGAAACCUUCUCUCUAACACACAAGACAUUUCACAAAAAAACUUCUUAAUCAAAGACGUGUCAAUGGAAUCCAUUCCACUGUAGUCGCUUGGGUUGCGUUUAGGGUGGUACUUAACGCUUCACGACGUCGUGUUGACACAGUCCUGUUGUUGUUUAUAAAAGAUCACCUUAAGGAAUGUGGGGGUUUCAAAGAAGGCGGCUGUUUGGUAUUCUUUCGACACCAGUAUUAGUAGCAGUGGUGUGCUGUGCACAGAGCGUCAAUGAGCCGGGGAACAUGUCGUUUGUAAAAGAGACUGUGGAUAAGCUGUUAAAAGGAUAUGACAUACGACUCAGACCAGACUUUGGAGGUCCCCCGGUUGCUGUUGGGAUGAGCAUAGACGUAGCCAGUAUAGACAUGGUAUCAGAAGUAAAUAUGGACUACACCUUGACCAUGUACUUUCAGCAGUACUGGAGGGACAAGAGGCUGGCUUACUCAGGAAUACCUCUCAAUUUAACACUUGAUAACCGGGUGGCGGAUCAGCUGUGGGUCCCCGACACCUACUUUCUAAACGACAAGAAGUCCUUUGUGCACGGUGUCACCGUGAAGAACCGGAUGAUUCGGCUUCAUCCAGAUGGAACGGUGCUCUACGGACUGAGAAUCACAACAACAGCUGCCUGCAUGAUGGAUCUGCGGAGAUACCCCUUGGAUGAACAGAACUGCACACUGGAAAUAGAAAGCUAUGGCUACACAACAGAUGAUAUCGGGUUCUACUGGAAAGGAGGAGACUCUGCUGUGACUGGGGUGGGAAAGAUUGAGCUGCCUCAGUUCUCCAUUGUGGAAUACAGGCUGGUUUCUCGCAAUGUUGUCUUUGCCACAGGUGCCUACCCACGACUGUCUCUGAGCUUCAAGCUGAAGAGAAAUAUCGGAUACUUCAUCCUUCAGACCUACAUGCCCUCGAUUCUGAUUACCAUUCUGUCUUGGGUGUCAUUUUGGAUCAAUUACGAUGCAUCCGCUGCAAGAGUUGCUUUAGGAAUUACAACUGUGCUCACAAUGACAACAAUCAACACUCACCUCAGAGAGACUCUGCCCAAGAUCCCCUACGUUAAAGCCAUAGAUAUGUAUCUGAUGGGCUGCUUCGUCUUCGUCUUCUUGGCAUUACUGGAGUACGCUUUCGUGAACUACAUCUUUUUUGGAAGAGGCCCACAGUUGCAGAAGAAACUUGCAGAGAAGAUAGAAAAGGCCAACAAUGACCGGUCCAAAUAUGAAGGCAACAAGUCUGUUCUGGAAGGAGGCAAUUGCAAACCAUCCGUAAAACAGUCCAAUCAGGUGCAAGGGCAUCGACACUCGUGUGCGAUGGACGCUCAUGGCAACAUCUUGCUAACCAGUCUGGAGAUUCACAACGAAGUGGCAGGAAAUGAGAUAACCACCAGUGUUAGUGAGUCCAGGAAUUCCUCAAUGGCCUUUGACAACUCAGGAAUCCAGUACAGGAAACAGAGCAUGCCUCGGGAUGCAACGGCCCAUCACAGCAGGGACAGGAAUGCCCAGCUGAAGAAGAGUCGUCUGAGGAGAAGGUCAUCACAGCUGAAAAUCAAAAUCCCAGAUCUGACUGAUGUGAACGCCAUUGACAGGUGGUCGAGAAUAGUGUUCCCUGCUGCGUUUACACUCUUCAACAUCAUCUAUUGGCUUUACUAUGUCAACUAAGGGACAGCUUGGACUCUCUAUACCAGGGGUUAAAAGUGUUACCUUUUUGUUUUGUUUUGUUUUUUGUUUUUAAAUAUACUUGCAAUCUCCUGGGUUUACAACAGAUUGCAAACUUUCACAAAAAAAAGUAAAAAAAAAAAAAAAAGUAAAAUAAAAAAACCUUUUGUAUAACAAUGUUGUAUGAACAGAUGCCCUCAGAGUAUUUAUAAGUCUUGAGACCCCUUGCAUGAUACACUGCCCUGGAAUCACAAAAGCAGUCAUUUUUUUGUCUGCCAUUAUACCCAAAAUAGGCUUGGCAGUAAGAGUAACAGUAUUAGUUGAUUAAAAUAAGUUAGACCGCUGCAUUAUAACUGGGAGGACUGCAGUAUUUAACCAGUAAUCCAUAAGUACACCUAAGUAAUGAAUUCUAGCUUUGGAUUGGAUUUUCAGUUAAGAGUAGGUCACUUCAUAACAGUAUCAGACUUCCCAUGUCUUAUACAUAUUAUAGAUUAUUACGACUCAUAUUUAUGCAAAUGAAAGCCUUCAGUUGUACAUAGCCAUGUUUUCAAAAUAGCAUAUGCAAUAGUGCUAUAACACACACACACACACACACAUAUAUAUAUAUGUAUAUAUAUAUAUACUGCAAUCUCUCUCUCUCUCUCUCUCUCUCUCUCUCUCUCUCUCUCUCUCUCUCUCUCUAUAUAUAUAUAUAUAUAUAUACAGUAUAUCUAUAUAUAUAUAUAUAUACUGUAUAUAUAUAUAGAUAGAUAGAUAGAUAGAUAUAUACACACACAUACAUACAUGGCGUAUGCAGGUCUCCAUGAGGCAGAACGUUUGAUGUAAAAUACCGUGUGCAUUCUUGCUUACACCUCAUGGGAAACAUAUAUCCUGAAGAAUGGUCUAAUAAAUGUCUUAAACACCUCUUAUAAUUCUGGCACAGAUAAAAAGAAAUCACGUUUAUUCACAAAUUCGGUUUUGUAACAGCACUGUAAAUGUGUGUGCAGUUUUAUUAUUAACAGUAGAAGUAUCAUUAUUGGUUUAUUAAGAUGCUAUUAAUAACACAGACUACUGGAUCUUUAUUCAGACAGUAAAUUGUUUCCCUGUCUCAGGGUAUUUAUGUCUAAUAUGUAUUAUACUGUUUUAACACCCUUGCUUUUUUGUUUGGCCAUUUGGAUUAUCAAGAGAAAACUCCAUCUCAACUGUAGUUAAUUUGUAAGAUAUACAGACAUAUAUUCCAGACAUCGUUUUCUUCUCUUGUGCUCGAUAUUGUGACAGCAUGGUGUCAGUUUUUUUUUUGUGAAUGCAUUUUUUUUUUUCAUUUUGCUUAAUUUUCUUUUUUGUCCAGUACGAGCACUUUCUAUACUCAUAGCCUACAUCCAAGCUAAUGAUUGUGCAUGUGCUCAAUAAAACAGUGAUGACCAUACAGUAGCAUGUUCUAUUACUGCAGAAUAUACACGACUGCAUUCUCACAAAUACAUCUGCCCGUUUGUUAACUAUCUCUCCAAUCCUGUUCACAAAUUAAUUUAUCUGCUUUGUUUGAAAUGUUACUGUGUUGGUAGUUGAAUUAUUUAUAAUUAUGAAUACUAUAAUACAUAUUAUUGUUAUCAUAUUAUUAAUAUUGUUUUUAUUAUUAUCAUUAUUAUCAUAGUAUUAUCAUUAUUGUUGUUGUUGUUAUUAGUUAAUAUAUUUAGACCUUGUAAAUAAUUUAAAAACCCUGUUGACAUUACUUUUUGUUUGUCUGUUUGUUUUUCAAUAGUCUAUUUUCUGAGAUAUGUGAGAAAUGAUUCAUUUAAGUUCCUGUUUUUCCUGGUAGAAUCAGCACCAGGGCAUAUUCUCUUUAAGAUUAAAUAAAUAAAUACAUAAAUAAGACAUUGUAAUUUUGGGAAAAGGAAAGAGACUUUUGCCAUGCUUAAGGGGUUGCAAGCAGGCGUUUUAAAAGCAUGUACCCUUAAUAAAAAAGUCCUCACUGGAUUGUUUUGCUGGGGAUUUCUUUUCCAGACUUUCUUAUCCUUUUAACUAACGGUAAACCGAUUGGUCCAGCCACCAUACUACGUAUUCACUUCCUGUCCAACAGAUAGUGAGUCCGGUCACAGUGAGCAUGAGGUGGGGACCGAAUACUGGUGCACAGGAAGUGAUCGUGUGGUGGCAGGAAAACAGAGUCUGGAACACAAAAUGAUAAGAUUUGUGAGAAUGAUGUUCCACUAGGGAGAGGUGUGUUACAAAACAUUGGUGUUUGUGAAACACUGUCACCUGACUGUGCAGUCCUUAUCCUAAAUGGAGUUUUAGCAUCUCAGUUCGGGAAGGGCGACAGACCCCAGUUCACUGUACUGUCAUUCACAGUUACCCCUUAGUCAGAUUUCCCCAGAUCAGUCUGAGUUACCUUUUCCAACAGCCAGGAGGCCACCAUGAUGUAUAAUGGAAAUGAAUUCUAUUCUGAGUCAUGUGAAGCACACUCAAGGUGUGGCAUUGUCCUGGUGUGCUGAAAUCAAUGUUUCAAGUUGAAUUUACUGAACUGUAUGUUCACAAGUAAAAUACUUAUUUGUUCACUGAGCUUAGCAUUAAAGCAAGUACUGAGUGCUUCAAGCUGUUCCUCAGAGCUUCAAAGAGCAUUAAAUGAUGUGACAAAUCUGCUCAGGAAGUUAUUUUAUUUUCUGAGGAAGAAAUGUUUUACCUGGUGCUGUGAAUCUUUUCCUAAAAAUUUAAAUGAAUUCUUUAAACUGAAAUCUAGAAUAUGCAGCAUCUUUGUCCAUCCGUAAUGAGAAAAUAUUAUUCAUAAUCAUUUUUUAUUUCAAUGUUUGGGCCACAGAAGAAUUGUUAAAUCUGUAUAUCAGAUAUUUCUUUACUCCAAAAUUAAUUAUUUCAAUCCCUAGGUGUGCAGAUUGUACUUUGAUGAAAACAUUGAUAGAGGUAUGUUAGAGGUUCAGCUAGAUAUAGCACCCAAUAAGAACUUUUUUAAGAUAUAUUUUAAAUUGUCUCUGAUUCGGGUUUUGAGAGUACACAACGUUUUUUAAUUUAAUUUAAUUCUUUACUUUUUUCACUUAAAAGCAAAGUUACUUGAAAUACAACGUUACUGGGAGGCUAACUUAAAAUUUCUCAGGCGUUCAGUCAUUGCAUUUCAGAGAUACUGUGAUCUGUUCUCACAGCAAGCCCCUGUCAGCCCAAUGCCAAUGCUGCAUGUGCAAGAUCAAUAGAAAAGAGAAGGUGACACACCCCGAUGUAAUGUCUGAGUGCUUUCAGUAAUAAACUCCUUAGUUUCUGAUAAACUGUUAACUGCUUGACCACUUACCAGGAUACUAAAGAUGAUGAUAAACUGCCACCUUCUCAUUUGUUAUUGUUCACUCAAUCAAUGUACACCAGGGGCUUAAGAGAGGGGGAGUGAAGAAUUAAAGCAUUACAUUUCAUUAUCUAGAUAUACAGCCCGUUUUUAUAAAAACAUCGGCAAGCACAGAUACUGCUUGGGCACAUCAUCAUAAGCACAAGAAGAUAUUGCUGGAAUGAGGUUGUACAGGACAGCCAUACAGUAUGCAGUGAUUUCUACCUGAAGCCCUUGAUGGGUAUGUGGGUAUACUCAUUAUAGUGGCAGCACAUGCAUAGUGACUCAAUAUUCAGAACAUCUCACGUCACAUUGUUUCCCCUCUGUUGCCAAGGUGCAUUGUGGUCCUUUCAGACAAUGUUCCAUGACCUUUACUUGUUGUACAAAUCACUAAGAUCUUGUUUUUUUUUGGUUUUUUUCAGAAAGUGGACACCUAUUUGUAUUUUAAUUUGUAGUUAUUGGCAAUGUUUACAGGAAGCUGCAAAAGGAAAGCCAUACAGCUAGUCACUUUGGGUACCUUCUGUAUUUGUAUCCAUUGUUGUAGAUACUUGAUCAUUUUUGGCUGUCACUAUAUUUCUCAAUCUGGAUUCAUUUACUUGACAUCUGACUUUAUACCAGAGGUGUAAACAUUGUUAACCUCGAGGUAAACCCAGAAGACAAAAGAAUGUUUUUUCACAUUUAGUUUAAUCUCUAUCAUGGCAUCUGUAUUUCUGUUACUGCUUGCAUUCACAAACCUGGGUAAACAAGGUUUGACUGAUAAGAUGAUCAGAGACCUGCCUUUAGGUUGACUGCAAGUGUUAACACGCUGUACCAAACUCACAUGUGAGCAUCAUACCUUUUUCUGUAGAAAAGCAAUAAACGAUUGUUUAAAAAGUCUUGUUUGGUUGUAUACUUUGGGCCAGGACGUGUUACUAGUAUUCUUUGCUAAUAAUAAUCCUUCUUCAGGGUACCAGUACUGGAGCAUUCCUUACAAGGUAAUUCUCUAGGACGACAAGCAAAAAACCAAACUGUAUCUCAGUGAGCAAUCAGUUAGACAUCUGGCAUAAGCAUGCAUCACAGCUUGGGACUGGUACAGUAGGUUUGAAUGAGGUGGAGAGACAGGAGGAGGUACACUCAUAGCAUGGCACAGGCUGCACAGAGAGGUACAGUAGGUUUGAAUGAGGUGGAGAGACAGGAGGAGGUACACUCAUAGCAUGGCACAGGCUGAACAGAGAGGUACAGUAGGUUUGAAUGAGGUGGAGAGACAGGAGGAGGUAUAGCAUGGCACAGGCUGCACAGAGAGGUACAGUAGGUUUGAAUGAGGUGGAGAGACAGGAGGAGGUAUAGCAUGGCACAGGCUGCACAGAGAGGUACAGUAGGUUUGAAUGAGGUGGAGAGACAGGAGGAGGUACACUCAUAGCAUAGCACAAGCUGCACAAAGAGGUACAGUAGGUUUGAAUGAGGUGGAGAAACAGGAGGAGGUAUAACCAGGAAGCUUGUAAAAAUGUUCACUGAACCAAUAUUUGUACACUUGGGUCUCGGAGAGAAAAACUGUCUUGGUCUUUAUUUAUGUCUUCAGGCCUCUGAAGUUCAGUUAAUGUAAGCAGAUUUUGUAUAGUCAAAAUCAUGACUAAGUUUAGUAGAUGCACUCUUGUCAAAACCUCCACCAAUUCUACACCCAAAGUAAUUUCACAUGUCUAUCACACAAGUAUGAACCCACGGUCUUGCCAUAGCCACCUCCCAAUUUAGACCAAAAUCCAAUGUAUGGCCCAGAGGACACUGACAAUAUUCUUAACUGUGAUUCCCUUUCAGUUGAACAGUCCUACUCUCACUUCAAAUCUGAUUUUGCAUCCAGUCACCAUAGCAACUGAAUCAGAUUGCAAAGGUCUAAUUAGCCAGAGAUUCUGCUUUUCUCAGGCCUGUGCUGUUAUUGCAGAUGUUUGUCUUUGUAUUUCCAAAACACUGUGCUUCUCCAGAAAGCAGCCUGGUUUGCUUUCUGUUCAUUAAAUAAACCAU